CCGAGGGCUGCGAGUUGCAUUUGGUAAAGCCCAGCCCUGGAAUAUAUAGAUUACUGGAGCGCAAUGAAGUAGCCUUUGGAGAGCGGGGAGGGGGCCCGUCCCACAGCUACAGCAGCCAGCGCAGCGGCGGCGGCGGCACCACCAUCACCGCUCGCACCCCAGCCGCCCGGACCUCGAGGAGGCAGCGGCGGCCGCCGGCGGGAGCGGAGGAGACGGCGGAGCAGCGGCGAGAGAGGCGAGGAGGAGGAGGAGGAGCUGGAGCGCGCAGCCGGCGGGUCCACGCAUCUCCGCACUUCAGAGCAACUCCGGCGCCUUCCACACCUCCCGCCCGGGGCUGGGGGCUUCGAGAGUGGCCGCGAAGCCAGCCCGAGCUUCUCCGCGAGCCCUGCCCAGCCCUGCCUCUGCGCCUCCCCGGCUCGGAUCUGCGCGGCUGGGUCCGGGUUCCUGCGCCCCGGGCGCGCCUCCCGGACACCCCGGUGCCCUCAGCCAGGACAAAGCCAUGAAGCCGGCGCUGCUCGAAGUGAUGAGGAUGAACAGAAUUUGCCGGAUGGUGCUGGCCACUUGCUUGGGAUCCUUUAUCCUGGUUAUCUUCUAUUUCCAAAGUAUGUUGCACCCAGGUAGGGGGCGCGUUAGCUUGGUUUUGUUGGAUAUUUUCUUCUCUCGCGCGCUCUCGCUCGCUCGCUCCGCCUGGUUUCUGCCUCUUCCAACCUUACCUCUACCCCCUCGGCCACCUCGAGGAUCCCUGCUGCGGGGGUCUGCUGGGGUCACUGAAUUGGGAUGGGGAGGAGGAGGGAAGACGAGCUCCCUCCUCCUCUUUCUCCCCGCUCCGGGCUGGAGGAUAGGACCAGGAGGGCCGUCAUGCGCAGGAAUCCCUUUGGUGUGGACAUCUGCUGCCGGAAGGGGUCGCGAAGCCCCCUGCAGGAGCUCUACAGCCCGACUCAGCUGGAGCUCUCGAACACCGCCAUCCUGCACCAGAUGCGGCGGGACCAGGUCACGGACACGUGCCGAGCCAGCAGCGCCCUGAGCCGCAAGCGCCGGGUCCUGACGCCCAACGACCUGAAGCACCUGGUGGUGGACGAGGACCACGAGCUCAUCUACUGCUACGUGCCCAAGGUGGCGUGCACCAACUGGAAGCGGCUCAUGAUGGUCCUGACCGGGCGGGGCAAGUACAGCGAUCCCAUGGAGAUCCCGGCCAACGAGGCCCACGUCUCCACCAACCUGAAGACCCUGAACCAGUACAGCAUCCCAGAAAUCAACCACCGCUUGAAAAGCUACAUGAAGUUCCUGUUCGUCCGGGAGCCCUUCGAGAGGCUGGUGUCGGCCUACCGCAACAAGUUCACGCAGAAGUACAACACGUCCUUCCACAAGCGCUACGGCACCAAGAUCAUCAAGCGCCAGCGGAAGAACGCCACCCAGGAGGCCCUGCGCAAGGGGGACGACGUCAAGUUCGAGGAGUUCGUGGCCUAUCUCAUCGACCCACACACGCAGCGGGAGGAGCCGUUCAACGAACACUGGCAGACCGUCUACUCCCUCUGCCACCCGUGCCACAUCCAUUACGACCUCGUGGGCAAGUAUGAGACGCUGGAAGAGGAUUCUAACUAUGUCCUGCAGCUGGCAGGGGUGGGCAGCUACCUGAAGUUCCCCACCUAUGCCAAGUCUACGAGAACUACUGAUGAAAUGACCACAGAGUUCUUCCAGAACAUCAGCUCAGAGCACCAAACGCAGCUGUACGAAGUCUACAAACUCGAUUUUUUAAUGUUCAAUUACUCAGUGCCAAGCUACCUGAAAUUGGAAUAAAAGGGGGUGGGGAGAGGGAAAGAAUCAUGCUUUUUAAUUUAAGAUUUUUAUUUGUCAAAAGAAAUAUAUGGAUAUUGGGUUAUUUUGUAAAUUAAUAUUUCUUUGGGGGUGAUGCUGCGAGCGGCAUGGUGAGAAUUAUUUAAAAUCCCUGGUAGAGCAGAACAGCUGUCUUUGCGGGGGAAUAGGAUGGGUAUUGUUUUUAGAAGUGAAUACUGCAACACUGUCUCAGAGGUUUCGUUGUGUUCUGGUGAAUUCCAUGAAUUGUGCAUUCCAUAAAUUCUAAUUAAUAUUAUUUAUAGUUAUUUAAACAUGGUCUCUGUAUAGAUUUCUUUUUGUGGCAGCAAAAUUCUAAUGUCUUUGCAGGAGAAAUCUACGUUUUGUGCUUUGCUUGCUACAGCUUCUUUGGUGGUAGGGAUGUUCUCCUUGCAAAUCUGUUUUGGAGUUGUAGGAUAAUGGCCAUUGUGAUGUGUAUGGAUGCCACCGUUUUUGAAAUUCUGGUAGAAAUAAAUAGGCUGCUGUUGCACUAAGAAUAAGGCAUCUUUGCAAGGAACAAAUCCAAAACCAAUUUUAAUCGACCUGCAAGUCUCUUGCACUAAAGAAAUGGGAUUUUUUUUUUUAAUUAACCUAAAGAGGAGCUGAUGGUAGUAGCAUUUCUUUCACCGGAAUUUGCAGUCUGAUAGAAUAUGCUUUUCCACAGGAAUUUUUAACUGGCAGUGCCAGUUGCAAUGAAGGUGAAGUGGCUGUUGCUUUAUAUGAAACAGAUAUUUAUUGAGACCUACUAUAUGCUAGGCCCAAUUCUAGGCCCUGGGGAUACAGCAUUGAACAAAACCAACAGUCUCUGCCCUCCAGAAGCUUUACACGGACACAGAGCAUCCAGCUUGAUAACUAGUCAGCCCCUGACAUUCAUGGACUUUACAUGAGGUUUGGACUAUUCAUGAACAACCCUAGAAGUUCCAUACCACCACCACCACCCCCAAAUUUGUAUUUUUCUAUGGCACAAAUCUGAAAACCACAUGCUUGGAGCAGGCCACUUAACUUGGUAAGUGAUCCAAGCCCAUUUCCCAACACAAGAGAUGGCAAAAGUGUUUUCUUUCAUGUGCCUGCUGCAGUUGAUUGGUCAUGUCUGUCUUGAAGCCCGCUUUGCUAAGCACAGCAUGGUGGAGUAGCAAUGUCUGUCUUGGGCGAGGGAAGGGGAACGUUGCCCUGCUGUCAUCCCCAACCCAGCAUCCACAGCCCCAAAAGUGUUGUUUUCAACUCCUUGCUGCAUAAAAGAGUGCGGGACAUGCUGUGGCAGGGCUCAUUCAUUUGUGGAUUUGCAGUGGUCUGGCAUUUACACUCCUUGUGAAGAUCAAGGGCAGACUCUUCACGCAUACAGACAUGCACACCUUCCCACGUCCUCCAGAGGCUGAGAGACCAUCGGCGCCCUCGGGUCUGCCGUGCAAGGACAGGCUUCUGUGAGCUUAAUCCAGCUUUCCUCUGGAAGGCUGGAAAUUUCCAGUUUCCUGUUCCUUGCUAAUCAACAUCUACAUAGGCUUCUCAUUUCCCACCGUUUCUGACAACUCUCGUUUGAAGUUUAAGUCACAUCUCUCUUACAGCUAGUGAAUAAGUUGGUAGCAGAUACUGUAUAUAAUAAUAAUAAUAACAAUAGUUCUAAUAAUUGGGGGGUGGGAUGGGGGAGGGUUUUGUUUCUGAUGCAGUAUAUAGUGAAGGGGAGAGAAGAAUAUUCUGAACAAACAAAAAUGAAUAAUUUAUUCACAGAAACUAUUAAAACUGUAUUGUAAUGCUCACAGCAAGCUCAGCAAGCAGCAGCUGCAACACCUCACCAAGGAAACUUAUUUUAUUUACCGUGUGUGAGGUGUGCACCGGAGAGGAUGGUGGGAGCUAUUUAUAAAAUGUUGUGUACCUUCUCCCAAGCUCUCUCCCCUUAAUGAAGAUUCUACACUCUUGAUGGAGAGAGAUGUACACAAUGCGUUUUACCAAGUAGAGUGACAGACCUUGGGCUGUCCCUGAAUCAAGAGUCUGGACCCUAUUUCCAAGGCAGGAGAUGCUGUCCCCAGAAAUAAGGCUCUGUUAACUGAACAGGCCCUACAUCAUUUUCUAAUGUGUGCUCUACAGAACACGUGCUCUAAAGGACAUCACCUGGGUGUGUUGCGAGAUAAGUGUUUUGUGGGUCAGGUACCCUUGGGAAACAAUGUUAAGUCAACUUCCUUUCUGCAGGACUUCUCAGAGCCUUGAAUGGAUGCUGUGCAUUGUAAAUCCCCAUCAGCAGCAUCAAGCCAGAUGCAUUUCUUGAACAUAUAUGAUCAGGAUAGACUAUUUUACAGAUCAUCUGACAGAGCUAGUGUUCUGCAGAAUAUACUUUGGUUUGGUUGAUUUAACACAUCGAGGUCUUCCUGGAUAAAAACUGCCUCCCCACCUCCCCUUCAAAAAAAAUCACACAGUCUCCAUCUGGUUUAUAGCAGCAGAGGUACUUUAUCAAAUGAAUUAAACUUUUACUUAUGUGCAAUGGUUCUAAUCCUGGAUUCUGCCACGGGCAGCAAUUCCAUCCCUCCCAAAGGGAGUGGAUGAAAGACUUGGGUGGUGCGGAGGAGGGAGGGAGGGCGAGUGUGGGGCAUGAGGCCAUAGGGUGGCCCCUUCUCAAGCCUUAAAAGUUGCUCAAUGGGAGCAAGAGUCAACCCUUAAUAAGUGCUUCUUCAAUUGUGCGCUGUGUGCUUUUGUGGUUUUAAAUGGAAAUUCAUGUCGAUUUCCUGGGUUUUGCAUUUCCUGUCAGCCUUUGAUCAGUUAUCAGACUGGCUCAGUGUUACGCGCAGACCACCUGUUUUUCUUCCCUCUUCUCUAAGUGAGAAGGGUUGUCCUUCAGGAGAGGAGACAUCAGUACGUUUCUGAAAUGAGGGUCUCUUUCUCCUAGUGUUUUGUUUUAUGUUCACAUUUUUUUUUCUGAUGGUAUAAAUACUUUUUAAAAAAAAUUGCUUCAACUGUUUUGCAGAAUGUAGAAAGUAUUCUGUGUCCUUGGUUUAAAAUGAUCCAUUAUUGAAAAUGUGCCUGGAAACAAGAGUGUUUUUUAAAAGACAAAUGUUUGAAAACUCUCCUAGCUUAGCUGGAGAAAAGUACAGGCAGAUAGAUAUCCCAUCUCCGAGCUACUUUUCAAAGGUGCUGCUACGUUUUUAAAAUCCAGGUACAGUCAGGGUAAUAUCUACAAGGACAUUGUUGUUGACCGUAUCCCUUAGGUUAGAAAACUUAUUAGCCACAGCUGAUCCGGCUGCUUCUGCAGACCCUCCCCAGCUGGUCUGGGGUGAAGGGCCGUCUGCUGACCCCUGAUGUCUCCGAGGGGAGCUUCCUUCCCCCCUGCCCCCCAGAGGAGCGCUGGCGUCCAGCUUAUUCAGGUUCUGAAUGCCACAGGAGAGCAGUGGGCAGUAGAAGCUUCAGUCGAGGGUCUAAUCCAUGGCUGACACAGAUGCUCCUAGAAAGCUUCUAGAACAAAGCAAGUCUCUAGCCCACUUAAGCUGGUAGGGAUCUAGACCAGAGCUGAGACAGUGAUUGCAAAAGUCCUCAUCCCACAGGAGGACCAUUUUUAUUGUCCCUGUAGGUAUGUGUUGAAACACAUCUCUCAGCCCAGUCCUCCCUGCCACACACACACAUGCAAUCUAGGCUACCCCUUUCCGUGCAGUCCUGGUGACCAAAUUCCCUUCCUGCCCACAUCAAUGUCAGCAGGACUGACCUCACUGCUCCCCCAAAUUCCCACAGCCAGCAUUUCCUCCAGCCUCUUCCUAUCACAGCCAAUUGGACAGUAGCCACAAGUGACAGAACCUUCUAGAACCAGCUUGACCCUUGGCCAUUAACAGGCAAAUUUCAGUCUGCUACUCUUUGUCAGGUACAGAAGGGGCUGCCUGUACUAUUUUCUUAUGAGCAUGCUCAGUAGCAUAUGGACAUAUAAUUUCACAUCUUUGUGGAGUAUUUCCUUUUUUACAUAUUUGUAUGCAGUAGAAGGCUUGUUGUAGAAAACUCUCCCUGUAUCUUACUGUACUGUUAAAGAGAGCUGAAUUCCACAUUGCCAACAAAAGCGUGAAAUGUUCAUGAACCUUCCUCCAGGAAAAGCCAUUCAAGCCUGAUUAUUUUUCUAAGUAACUUCAAUUAAAUUGAAGAAAAAAAGAAGCUUCUCUCUGUGUAUAGUUUGUUCAUGGCUCAGUGACAAAAGACUGCAGGGGUGGGACAGGUCGUGUUCCUUAGCAUGUGGGGGGCCCUGCUCAUGUGCAUCAGAGGAUGGAGGGGGAGGUACGGACCCCGUGGGAAAGGAAGGCCCCCCUGGAUCCAAACCCGUUCUGUUUAUCGGAUGAAUGAAAGUCUUUUUCAUUCCGUUUUGCCGAUUAACUGUUUGUAGAGUGAUGCAUUGGAAAGCCCACCGUGAUCAUGUACUCUACCACUCAUGACAAAUAAGGCUCUGCGGUAAAAUGGCUUGGGUGGAAGAGUCUGUCUUCAAACCCAGGUUGAAGAGGCUUCAGAAUCCCAUGAUCUGGUCACUAAAUGGCGCUCCUGUCUAAAUGAUUGCCCGUGAUCCUUCUGCCAAGAAGUGCGGGCUUGCACGUCAAACUGUGAUUUUCCAAUUCCAAAUCCGUUCCUCUUCUGAUGCGCCACAUAACU